UUUCGUGUUAUUGUUGUGUACGAGUUGGUGAAAAUUACGGAGAAUUGCAAAAUAAUUACGAAAAAAGCGAAUUAGAAAAGCUGCAAGAUGCUUUCGCUGUUGCAGGAGAAGCGUCCGCUAAAGCGCACACGUCUCGGGCCGCCAGAUAUAUAUCCGCAAGACGCCAAACAACGCGAAGACGAAUUGACGCCCACAAAUGUGAAACAUGGCUUUACAACGACGCCGCCGCUGUCCGAUGAGUUUGGCACGGCGCAUACUUCCAAUGUAAAUGCGGGCAAGGUGAGCGCGUUCUUUAGCGGUGUGCUGGCCAAAAAGGAGGAGCUAAUGACGCUGCAGGACACGGUGCGCAAGAAGCAGCAAAUUAAUUGUAAGGACAAUUUCUGGCCGGUGUCACCCCGUCGCAAAUGCACUGUGGACGCAUGGUUCAAGGACCUUGCCGGCAACAAGCCACUGCUCAGUCUUGCCAAACGUGCGCCUUCGUUUAACAAGAAAGAAGAAAUCUUCAUCACACUUUGUGAGAAUCAGGUGAAUAUGCAACGUGCCACAUGGUUCAUCAAACUAAGUGCGGCCUACACACUGAGUUUUUCUGAGUCGAAGAACAAGAAGCGAAGCAUUUACGAUCCUGCGGCGGAAUGGACGGGCAACAUGAUUAAGUUCAUGAAAGAACUGCUGCCCAAGCUACAGGAGUACUAUCAGCAAUCUCAUGAUAAGCAUGGCUUGCAGGCCAAUGGCAACAGCAGCUCUUCAAAUAACAGUAGCACCAACACUAACACCAAUGGCAACGCCAUCAGCAGCAACAAUAGCAACAGCACUGGCAAUAACGCCGCAGGCAGCGCUACGCCUAAUCUUAUACCAGUGCCCAGCAUGGCCAGUCCACUGCCACCCAUCCACAGUCCUGCCAAUGGACAGCCGGUUUCCGUGGGUGGCGUUGCCGGUGUUGGCGGCGUGCCAGGCGCGACAUCAGCACCAGGCACAGCGUUGGCCACUCUGGGUGGAUCUGCGGCAGCCAACGCCGUCGUGGCCAAUGCUGGCGCCGUGCCGCCUGGCUCGAGCAUCUCGGGCAUUGGCAGCCAAUUCGAAGAUAGUCGCAAUGCGUUGAAGUACUGGAAGUACUGCAUUCAGCUAAGUAAAUACAUGUACGAGGAACAACUGCUGGAUCGCCAAGAGUUUCUCAACUGGAUACUCGAUUUGCUGGACAAGAUGCGCACGCAGACCAGCUUCGUUGAACCGCUGAAGAAACUGGUGCUGAGCUUUGCACUCCAAUACAUGCACGAUUUUGUGCAGUCCGAGAGAUUGUGCCGUAAAAUGGCCAAUAUGGUGGCCAAAAAGAUGGCACAGCUGCUCAACGCUGCUGUGGAGCAACAGCAACAGGCUAUCGUCAAGCCACAGCCCAUGGACAUGGAUGGAGGAGCAGAGGAGCAACUGCUGCAGCAGCCAGCUGUAGAUCCCUAUGAGCAGGCGCUACAGGAUUACAUGAAUUGUCCGCAUCAUCGCGACAUUAUCUUGUACUUGAGCACCAUACUUCAGGUGAUUACGAUAGAGUGUCCCACGGCGCUGGUUUGGAGCGGCAUUGCAGCGCAUCGUGCUCCUUCGUAUUUGGUGGGCAGUCCUCUGGAUCAUUUGCCGCUGGCGCCGUCGGUGUUGCCAAUGCCCACACGCUGUCCACGCACCAAUCACGAACUGCGUCGUCAGCUGCGUGCUGCCGAGGCUGAUAUUGUGCUGCGCACACAGCAUGCGGAGCAACGUUGGUUCGCCUCCAAGUGGCUGAGUGCGGGUAAGAAUCAUUAUACCACUGUGCUGGCCACAUUGGACCAUCUGGACACGCAUUGCUUUGAACGUAUGGAUCAAUGCAAUUCCAUGGACACGCUGUAUGCGCACAUCUUUCCGCCACAAUCAUUUCAACAGCUGCGACGCCAAGAGGAUGAUCCCCAGCAGCCACAACAACGUCCCAUUUAUGAGCCCAAGCAGGACGCGGACACGGUGCGCAUACUCUGCGAAUGGGCCGUCUCCAGCCAGCGUUGGGGUGAGCAUCGCGCAAUGGUCGUGGCCAUACUGCUGGACAAGCGGCAGAUCGAUGUGACGAGCACUCCGGCUGACAUGUGCAACGACAAAGACGACAAGGAUUCGUUGGCAUCCGGCGCUGGCCUCAUUGAUGGCUUGCCCGUAUUUCAGCAUGUUCUUAUGCACUUUUUGGACCAUGAUGCGCCAGUGCUAGACGAGCACAAUAGCAGCGCCCAACAGCGAACCGAGUUCACGAAUCUGGUGCAGCUUUUUAGUGCGCUGAUUCGCCACGAUGUCUUCUCGCAUAAUGCUUACAUGCAUACGCUGAUUUCUCGAGGCGAUUUGCUCUUAGAAUCCACGCUGGUGCACAAGACAGCAACGAAGAGUUCGCCUCCGCCUCCAGCGCCGCCGCCGCCCAGUAGCAGUGCUCCACAUGGCUUUGAUGACGAUGGUUUCGGCUCUGGAAUUGGCAUUGACUUCAAGCACAAUGAGUUUGAUGACUCCAAUGUGGACGAUGAUCUCGACAAGUUGGUGCAGAACAUCAAGGAGAAGGGCCAACAGCAUGAGGCCCCCGACAGUCCAAAGAUUGGCGCGCCAGGCGAUGGCGAUGCUGGCGGUGUCGAUGCUCCGGUUAGCAUCUCACGGCAUUAUGUGUACACCAAACACUUUCCCAUACCGCAAGAUGAUCCCAGCAUGUCCAGCUACAGCAGUGAGAGCAAUCAACGCUACAUACUACUCUUUGGAGUGGGCAAGGAGCGAGACGAAAAGAAACAUGCGGUGAAGAAGAUGUCCAAGGAGAUUGGCAAAUUGUUUACGAAGAAGUUUAGCAUCGAUGUCGCCGAGGGCGGCAAAGUGAAGAAACAUUCCCGAAAUGAGUUCAACUUUGAGGCGACAACGGCAAAGUGCCAGCACAUGGCCUAUUUUGAUCAGCAUGUGGUCACCGCUCAGUGUGCCGCCAAUGUGCUGGAGCAACUCAAUGGUUUCGCUUUGGGCAACAACAAUUAUUUGCCCGUGCAGGAGCAUGUGGCCUUCUUGUUUGACCUUAUGGAGCUGGCCUUGAAUAUCUACAGUCUGCUGGAGUUGUGCGAUCAUCUGCUCAAAGAGCUGCCGGAAGUGGAGCAUCAGUUGCAGUCAAAGAAGUCGAAUAUGGUGCGUGGUUACACCACCUCGUUGGCACUUUAUAUUGUCAGCAUCUUGCGACGCUACAACAGCUGUUUAUUGCUUUCGCCGGAGCAAACGGUUUCGGUCUUUGAGGGUUUGUGUCGCACCAUUCGGCAUGUGAGCAAUCCCAGCGAAUGCAGCUCCGCGGAGCGUUGCAUUCUCGCCUACCUCAGCGAUCUGCAUGAGUCGUGUGUGCUGCUCCAAGGCAAGGAGCAGUCCGCCGAGUACUAUCAGCAGCUCAACUGCAUUAAGCGCUUCAAGGAUAUUUUCAAUACGCCCGAGUUGCUCAGCAUGGCGCCACAGGGCUACAAUCCACAGCUGCUGCAGGAGCUGUUUGUGACGCCUCGACGUGGCGGCAAACUGGAACCGCAUUGGUUGCGUCAGCUCCACGAAUCGCCAGCGAAUGUCUACAGCUUUGUGUCAAAUGCAGUGAUUGCUGUUUGCCGGGAAACGGACAACGAGCGCCUCAAUGAUGUGGCUUUGGCCUGUGCUGAGCUCACCGCCAGCUGCAAUGUGCUCUCCGAGGAAUGGAUUGCAGCGUUGCAGAGUCUCUGCAGUGGCAGCAAAAGCCCACGCUAUCCGCAUUUGGGGGGACAAGUCGACAUUGGCCAGGGAAAGACGCACAAUGCGUUGGCCGUUUUCGUCUGCAUCCUCGUUGCUCGACAUUGCUUCUCACUGGCGGAUUUCGUUAGCAAAUUUGCGUUGCCUACACUGGCGCGUUCAGUAAGCGGCGCUGGCGGUGGCGAGUUGAGUGUGGACGCUGAAGCAGGUGCUCGGCUCACUUGUCAUCUGGUGCUAAAGCUGUUCAAGACACUGGAGAUACCACAACCGGGCAUGUAUUCGGUCAGCACGUCGCCCAAUCCGUUGCAUGCGGUGGGCAGCGAUUUCAGCAUACGUUUGAGUUGUGAUCGCCAUCUGCUGGUGGGUGCACACAAGACAAUACCCAUUGCAGCGGUGCUGGCGGUGCUUAAGGCGAUACUCAUUGUAGUGGACAAUGCGGCGCUUAAGACGCCACUUACGGCCAGUGGAAUGGGCUCGUCUGGCAGCGGCGGCGGCGCAUUUGGCAGCGGCAAGCGCAGCGGUUUCAAUACGCCCGUGCAUCCGGGCAGCACGCCCAAGAGCAACGAACAACGGCCCGCGGAUCUUAGCCAGAUAUUGGGCACAAGUGAUCUGCAGUUGGGCAGCCUGGGCAGCGAACAGGAGUCACUGCAGCCGAGCACGGGAAACAGCCUCGCUGGCAACGAGCAAAUCUCGCUGCUGGAGUUUGCGCAGGCGGUGCUCAAACAGAUCUGCGCCCAGGAGCAUGUGCUGGAGCGUUGUCUGAAGAAUGCCGAACAGCUGUGCGACAUGAUUAUCGAUGAGAUGCUGACGGCGAAGCAGGCACAGCGCGUGCUGCACAUGAUCUGCUAUCCGGAGGCCGAGUUCAACAUCAUUUCGGAGCUGGAUCAGCGUGCGAUGAUUGUGCGAAUUCUCGAGCACUUGGAUCAGUGGACUUUACGCAUUUCCUGGCUCGACUUGCAGCUCAUGUAUCGUCAGUCGCUGAGUCCCAACACGGAGCUCAAUGCUUGGCUCGACACGGUGGCUAGAGCUGCCAUCGAUGUCUUUCACAUGGAGGAAGUGACGUUGCCAGGCGCUGUAAAAGCCACGCAUAAACCGAAGCCAUCCACCUGGCUAGUGGCGCCUUUGAUUGCCAAACUGACGCCAGCGGUGCAAGGACGAAUAUUGCGUGUGGCUGGUCAGGUGCUCGAAAGCAUGAACUACUUCUCCAAGGUGUCCAAGUCGGAUUGCAACAGCUCGGGUAGCGGCGAUGAGCGCGAGAAGAGCAACAGCUGCCACAGCAGCAACAGCUAUGGCGGCAAUGGCAGUUUGGCGGCACGCAACAAGAAGAUGCCACUCAACUAUCAGCCCUUUUUGGGGCUUAUACUUACCUGUCUGAAAGGCCAGGACGAGUACAAGGAGAAUCUGCUCGUGUCGCUCUACUCGCAGCUCUCCCAGUGCCUGCAAUCCUUUGCCGAGCUGGACACGAUUGGCGGCGUUGAUGAGCCACAGGCGCGUGAGGAGAUUCUUGAUGCAUUGCAGCUGCGUUUCUCGCUGGUUGGUGGCAUGUUUGAUGCCAUCCAAAAGAACAGCACGCCCACCACAGAUUGGGCUAUAUUGCUUGCCCAGUUGGUGUGUCAGGGCGUUGUGGAUUUGAGCUGCAAUCGUGAACUCUUUACAACUGUGGUCGAUAUGCUAGCUACAUUGGUGCAUUCGACACUUGUGUCCGACAGCCAAACGGAUCGCGAUGAGACCAAGAAACUGUAUCUCAAUCUGAUGAAGAAACUAAAGAAGGAAAUCGGCGAAAAGAACAAUGCGUCCAUCAGAGUAAUACGUCAGCUGCUGCCGCUCUACAAGCAGCCCACAGAGGUAAUUGCCUGCGAGCACAAUGGCAUGGACAAUAAGGGCAACAAGAUCUGCGACAUGGAUAAGAAGCAGCUGCGCAUCUCAGAUAAGCAGCGCAUCAGCGUCUGGGACAUACUCGAGGGUCACAAGAAUCCAGCUCCAUUGUCCUGGGUGUGGUUUGGCGCUGUCAAACUGGAACGGAAACCUCUCACCUACGAGGAGGCGCAUCGCAAUCUGAAAUACCAUACGCACAGUCUUGUCAAGCCGAGCAGUUACUACUACGAGCCAUUGCCUUUGGCUCCCGAGGACAUUGAGCCGGUGCCCGAGAAGAUUUGCAUUAAGGAUGAGAUUAUGAAGGCGGAUACGCCGUCUUCAGUGGAUCAAUCGCCCAGUGCGGUGGUGGGCACUGGACGUGGACGCGGCAAGGGCACCACAACGCGCAAACGUAAGCCUAAGAAUCCCAAGACGCCGCCAGUGGUUAAUACGCAACAACAGCAGCCACAGUUAGCACCGCAACCACAACAGCCGCCAAAUGCACAGCAGCAACAACAAAUGCAACAGCAGCAGCACAUGCAGCAGCAGAUGCAGCCCAACCAAAUGGGUCAGAUGCCCAUGAAUAUGCAGCAAAUGAACAUGCAGCAGUUUGGACCGAAUGCCAUGAUGCAGCAACAGAAUGCAAUGAUGCAGCAGCAGCAACAACAGCAGCAGCAAAUGCAACAAAUGGCACCGAAUCAAAUGCAACAACAGCUUAAUGUGGGCGGCAAUGGGCAGCCGAAUGCGCAGAUGAACUUUAUGCAAGGACCCGGACCAGGCGGACCACAAGGCAUGCCGGGACAACAGCAACCACAGCAGCAGUGGCACAAUGCACCGCAGCAGCAGCAACAGCCGCAGCAGCAUCACAAUCAGUAUCAGUAUCAGCAAAAUAUGCAGAUGAAUCGUAUUGAGCGCCCACCGUUGACUACGAACUCGAAGCAAGCAUUGUCGCAGAUGCUGCGCCAACGACAGCCUGGUUCCUUCCAGCAGCAGCAGCAACAACAGCCACCCGGUGGCUUUAAUCCCAUGCAGCAGCAGGCACAGCAGCAACAGGUGCCGCAACAACAGCAAAUGAAUGCGCAGCAAAUGCGACAACAACAGCAGAUGAAUGCCCAGCAGAAUCCGCAAGCAGCAGCUGCCUUCAAUGCCAUGCAACAGCAGCAGCCCAAUGUGCAGCAACAACAGCAAAUGAAUCCCAAUCAGUUGCAACAGCAGCAGCAACAACAACAGCAGCAACAGCAAUUUAUGCGCGGCAACAUGCGUGCUAUGGCACCCAAUCAAAUGGGCGGCAUGAAUAUGCCCGGCGGCAUGGGUCAGGGCAUGCCACAGAAUCCGAUGAUGCAGCAGCAGCAGAUGGGUCAGGGCAUGGUGGGCAUGGUCAAUCCAAAUGGAAAUCCCUUGAUGCAAGGCGGCGGCGCUGGUGGCAAUGGCGGAGUUGGAGUCGGCGUGGGCGUUGGUGUCGGCGCUGGCGGCAACAAUCCCAACAUGGGCAUGGGCGGCAUGCCGCAGCAGGGCAUGAUUCAGCAGCAGCAACAGUUCCAAAACUUCCAGAAUCAGUAUCAACAGCAGCAACAACAGCCGGGCAUGCAGCAGCAGGCAGGCGGUGCUGGCGGAGUCGGUGUUGGUGUUGGCGUGGGCAUGGCUCCCAAUCAACAGCAGCAACAGCAAGGUGGCCUGAUGGGCAAUUUCAAUCCGCAGAUGCAGCAGGCGCAACGCAACAAUCCCGACUUUAUGGCUGCCGCAGUGGCGGCUCAGCAGCAACAGCAGCAGCAGCAACAACGUGGAGUACCCGGUGGCAUGAUGGCCGGCAAUCGUGGCCAGUAUAUGAAUCAAGCACCGAAUGUAACGAUGACAAACAUGAUGGGACCUGGACCCGGUGGUGUUGGUGUCGGCCAGGUGCCGCCCUAUGCACGCCAGCAACCCACGGGCGGCGGCAAACCCGGUGUGUUGCCAACGCAACAACAAUUCCAGCAGCAACAACAGCUGCGUCACCAGAUGAUGCAAAUGCAAGGCAUGGGCGGCGGUGGCAUGGGUGGCGGACCACAGGCCGGCGGUGGUGCCGGAGCUGGUGGUGGCGGCGGAAUGGUCCAGCAGCAGCAGCAGACCAUGAAUCAACAGCAAACGCCUAAUCUGGUAGCGCAGCUGCAGCGCCAAAUGCCCAAUCAGCCGAAUAUGAUGGGCCAGCAGCAACAGUAUCAGCAUCAACCGCCACCCUAUUAGAUAACAUAUACAUAGUUCUAGUAAUUUAAGGCUUGCUCUAAUUGUGUACCAAUAUUUAUGAAUGCUAAUUGCAAUAAAUUGUAAUUUUAUUUUCAAA